AUGUCCAUCAGCUUGCUUCUAUCGGCUUACGCCCUCAAUCUCACGACCUUUGCUGCAAUUCUUGCGCUCGGAUUCAGAUUCAUCAUCUAUCCCAUCUUUUUCUCUCCUCUGUCCAAAGUCCCCGUGGCUCAUCCGCUCUCCCAUGUGACCUCUCUGUGGAUUCAAUGGCACAGAUGGCAAGGGACAGAGUUUGAUCGCAUCUCCAAGGCAUUUGCCCACAAGGGGCCAUACAUUCGGAUUGGACCCAGCGAAAUUGUUGUCAACACUGUCGAGGCUGUCCAGAGUGUCUACGGCGUUGGUGCUAACAAUUUUGACAAGCACCCAUCUUACGACUACUUUAUUACGCAAGGAGUUAUCCACCAGAAAAAGCCUAACUUGACUGAUGAGAGAAAAGCGGCGACAGGAGACACUUUCGGCACGAUGGUGACGUAUAUGAUAUAUGAGAUCUCGCGCCACAAGGGCAUUCAAGAGCAACUCCGUAAGGAAUUAUUACUCGCUACGAACACCCCCAAGCUGUCUUCGCAGCCUUUAUCGUCGAUUCCGCCUUCAAAUAGGCUCGAGCGCCUGGUGUUGCUGAAUUGCGUCAUUAUGGAAAGCCUCCGACUGCGCAAUAAUGCGCCGAACCUGGACCCACGACUUGCUCCAGCGCAUGGACGGUCGGAGGUAGGUGCACUUAGUAACGUCCCUCCUGGAGUCCGAAUUGGCACGUAUGGCUGGUUGCUCAACCGCAAUCCCGAGGUAUUCCCUGAGCCAGAGCAAUGGCAGCCAAACCGCUGGAAGAGUGGAGGGCCAAAGGCGGCUGCACUUCGGAACCAGUGGCUCUUUGCAUUCGGCGGUGGCAGCCGCGGAUGUGUUGGGCAACAAGUUGCCAUGGAAUUUGCCGAUGAGGCUGGGUACCCUGGUGCGAAUAAGUUUGUGGGGAGUAACUGCAGAGAGAGACUUUUCAUCAAGUUUGAGAAGCUAGCUCGUUCAGUUGGCGACGUGUAA